AUGCUUCGUUGCACCAAUGCUAGUGCUCUUCGGACGGGCGUUAAGAGCUACCCGUUAACGAGAUUAUCUCUCGGCUCAAAAUGGCCCAGGGGUGCUUCAGGAGGCGCUAGGGGCAUUUCCCUCUCGUAUCCUGCUCCGAGAGCCACAGUGCCGGGACAAAUUAGUGCUUGGAGGUUACCUGAUGGCGCAAAACGAUAUUCUACAAAUUCCGAAGUUACACACUCUGGAGACUCGGAACCUCUGAAUGUGAAUGAAGAAAUUGAAGACCCGGAAUCCGUCGCUGAGAGCGGGGAGUUUGAAGAUUCGGAACCUGUCGUUGCGAAUGAGGAGUUUGAGGAUACGCUCCUGGAGCCCAACCGGUGGCUGAAAUCUAGACAAGGAACCACACACGAUGACAUUUUGCUCUCGAUUGCCAAGGCAGGCACUUCGCCGAAGACUCGGGAGGAAUUGGACGGGACCAUGUCAGUUAGAGUUUCCGGGAAAGUCGUCGAAAUGGAGUUGAAAUGGUUGAAGGACCCUCGGGCGCUGUCUGACCGAGUCGCAAGGCUUUUGAAUGCCGAUGAUGUGCUGCUGGCUGUGGCGUUGGUCCGCACGGCGCAAAGGGAGCAUAUGGAGUGCGCGGUGGCUUGGAAUCAUCUCAUGGAGUAUUGUAUGAAGAAAAACAAUCCGAGAGCAGCACUUAAGUUCUACAAUGAGAUGAAGAAGCGAGGACGAAGACCUAAUUCGUUGACGUACACAAUUAUGCUGGAUGGCCUAUGCAGAGUAAGCAGGGACGCCGGCGUCCACCCUGUCAAGACCGCGUUCUCUAUUUACAGGUCUAUCUUUGCGCCCAAUUCAACCGUAACGCCAAACCUUAUCCACACAAAUGCGAUGCUCAAUGUCUGUGCACGUCAUGGUAAUAUGGACAGCCUAUGGCAAGUCGCUGGCGAGCUCCCUGAAGACGGGCCUGGUUCUCCAGACUGCACAACGUACAGUAUUAUCCUGAGAGCUAUCUCGGAUGCAGCCCAGGCAGACGUAGAACGGAUGAAGGCUUCUCAGGUGGAGCAAAUUCUAGCAAGGAAAGCCCAGGGUAUCAAAGAAGGCAAGCGGAUAUGGUCCGAUAUUAUCUUUCGAUGGAAGAAGGGGCAGCUCGAAAUAGACAACCUCCUUGUGAGUGCAAUGGCUAAUCUGCUCCUGGAAGGAUCGACGGAUCGGGAUUGCUAUGACGUAUUCGCGUUGAUUCACCAAGUCACUGGAGUCCCAAUUCUCGCCAAAAAGCCAUCGGAUUCAUCCUCGAAACUACAAAAGAAGAGCAGAGGAAGCGACUUAGAGGAAGAUGUUCCGUUCGUGGAUGAUAGUGAAAAGUUGUAUCGACCAUCAGAGCCGGAGCCAGAGGAGCUCGAACAAGAAGAGGAAGAAAAGACAUUUGAGAACGUUUUUGACCCUAUCGUUGGUCCGGGACCUUCUUUUAUUUCUGUGGGAAAUAGGGAACUUUCAUUGAUCCUGGAGGCUUGCUUAAGUAUGACUCAAGGAAUUGGUGCUGGAAAAGCGUACUGGCAGCACCUAACUCUGGAUGAUACCCACUAUAAGAUUGAGCCGGAUGGCGGCACAUACCAUCAAUACCUUCGACUUUUACGACUUGGUCAUUCCAGUCGCGUUGCCCUUGAGCUCGUACGCAACCAGAUGGUGCCCGCCCAAAUGACGGAGGGGAGGUCCUUCCGGAUUGCAUUUGCGUGUUGUCUCCGUGAUCGCAAAAAUAUCAAUGUUUUCAAGAAUGCCAAUGGGCUCCUUCAUCUCAUGGAGACGUCACUUGUGCUUCCCUUCCCUCAGGCAUUGGGAGCCUACCUUGACCUAGUCCGCAUCUUGGGUAAUAGCCCCCAGCUUCUUAUGUCAUUGAACGGCAUUGAUGGGAACGGAAAACGGCCAGCCGGUAGCCUGAGUGCUAUGGGUCAGCAGUUGCGUUUUAAUUUACAAACAACCGCUGUUGAAGCUCUGCGCCCUUGCGUUGCCAAACUCGAUAAAGCUAUGGAACAUGGUCUAGUGUCUCCAGCUCCAGCCAGAGGCCGCGGUAUUCGCUCUAAUAGCUCUGAUCAGCAUACCGUCUCCGGAGCGGAAGCUCUCAAGGUAUUAGCCACUAUAAGGGUUUUGAUAGAUGAUAUCUUGAAGCCAGCAAACUCCAAGCUGCUUUCCAAAGAAAUCCGUGCCCAACUCAAGAAAGAAUCACGGGAUUUAAGGAAGUAUUCCAACGCUGAGAUCACCGAGAAGUACAAGAAUGCUCUGGUUUCCCCAACUUCCGAACAGGUUCUGGCAUACCAAGAUCAGCAAGUUGCUGAAGAUCCACUAGAUGUGGACUGA